AUAUAUUUGGUUUUUUUACGAAGUAGAAGGAUUAAGUGGCUACAGCAUGGCUCCUGAUCACUCGGAUCCACAUGUUGCACUGAGUCUGAUCUAUACAGUAUGUGGAACACAAAAUGACUUGGUAGAAUCCUUAACCCACCAGUUUCCAAAAGAAGGACAGAAACUUUGAGAAGCAGGAAGAGAGAGCGCCGGCCACCGAGUCCCUUAUGCAGGAGAGAGACCCCAUCAGCCACAAGAGGGCCUGCUUAGCUGCCGAAGGAGAAAGGGGAGGUCUUUCUCUCUUUAUUCUUUUCUCUAGCCAGGAUGUGGAAUUGAGCUUCCUGGAUUUUGCAGCUUGCAGCUGCUUCCCCUAAGACCCCCCCCCUCUCAUCCCAGCUCCCUGCAAGGGGGCGAGGAUUUAUCUGUAAUCGGCCUUCACCAUUCUCAGGCAGGCCGCACGUUGCAGUCCCUGGCUAGGUGCAGACAAGCCAACUGGACUGGAGGGGAUUUUGAACCAUGAUCUAAAAUAUAACUAAACAAACAGUUUUGGGGACACAAAGUACUAACAGUACAGAGAAAUGAAGAGCUGUUUUGCACAUUACACAGAAAUCCAGGUUUCCAACCCCCUCCCCCAUAGGGAGCUGUGGCCAGUCCAAGCUUUUCAACAACAAGGUGUUUGUCAGGAGCCUCCUUUGCCAAGAGAAAGAAGAAGGACUCCAGGCAUUUCUGGCGAGAGAGUACCCGUGUGUGCCGAGAUGCAGGAGAGCUAUGAAACAGUGAUCUCGCUGGCGGAAGAAAUUGCCAUUAGCUGGCCCCGGAUAACUGCCUUCACAGAGACCCGAGGGCGCCGAGGCUUGGCUCCUGGGCUAGAAAUGGAACCUGAGCAGGGGCAAUUGGCACCUUUGCAGGGGCAGGCGGCAGCAGCAGCGGCAGCAGCAGCUACAGCUGGCUCGAGUGAAGAAGGGAUCCUGCCGGACUUCCGGAGGCAGCUCGGGGUGAUCCUGCAGACUGUUGGCAAGGCACAAGUGGAGAAGAUGCUGAGGGAGCUGGUGAAGGAGCAGGAGCAGCAGGGGAGAGUUAGGCGGCGCAAGAGGGUGACCCGGAGCCCCCGCCUUGGAGCAGGUGAUGAAGCAGGUGGGCAGAACAACUCAGAGGCCUCACAUGCUGGAACAUUGGAAGCACCCACCAUCUUGUCUAGAAAGCCAGUUGCGAAUGAGCUGCAGGUGCCCCUCUUGUGCCCAGGGCUGGUGGCAGGCCAAAAGCAACCCAUUUCAGGGAAGAUUUUUCAUGGGGACGCCAGAGGGUGUAAGAACAGCCUUGUCCACCAGCAGAGCCCUCUGGGAACGAGAUGGGGGGCAGGCCUUGAGCCCCGGGAGAGCGUUGGCUGCAGCCCGCUCCACAGCAUGAGCCGGGACUCCCAGGAUGCUGCGAGACUCUGGCCGCCUUUUGGCGAAAGAGCCCAGUUCUUCUCAGCGUGGCAGAAACCACGCUUCACCCAGAGACGCCGGCGCCCGCCUGCAGGAGAGAAACCCCACCGCUGCGGGCCAUGCAGGAGGACCAUUGUUGUCCCGCCACAGAGAUCCAGCUCACCUCCAAAUUCCGCCUUGGCUCCUGUCCUGGAUUCUGCCUCCGCCUCUUCUCUUGCCUUGCCUCUGAACUCUGUAGGGGCAGCAACUACCCAGCUGCCAGGCGGGAACUCUGUUUCAGCCCAGCCCCGGAAACCCCAUGGCUGCGAGGAGUGUGGCAAGCGGUUCCGAAUCCUCGCCAACUUAGAGCGGCACCAGCAGCGCCAUGCAGUGGAAAAGCCUCACCAGUGUCGUGAUUGCGGGCGCCGUUUCCGCUGGGGCUGCCACCUGGAGCGCCACCGGCGGUCGCGCCGCUGUGUGGAGUGUGGUGGUGGGCUGGCCACACCACCUCCACCCCCGUCCCCGCCCCCGGAACCUGACCGGCCCUAUUCCUGCGGCGAAUGCGGGAGGCGGUUCACCCAGCGCUCGGCGCUCAGCAAGCACCGGCGGCUGCACUCAGGAGAGCGGCCUUAUGGCUGCGGAGAGUGCGGCAAGCGCUUCCUGCAGCGCUCCGACCUCACCAUCCACGUGCGCUCGCAUUCCGGGGAGCAGCCCUACGUGUGCACAGAGUGUGGCCGCCGCUUCAGCGUCAGCUCGAACCUCAGCAAGCACAGGCGCAUGCACCGUGGGGAGCGCCCCCACGCCUGCUCCGUUUGUGCCAAGCGCUUCCUGCAGCGCUCCGAGCUCCUCAUCCACCAGCGUGCUCACACCGGGGAGCGCCCCUACCCCUGCACAGCCUGCGGGAAGCGCUUUGCUCGCCGGGCACACCUCAAACGCCACCAGCGCACCCACGGCAGCGUGCCUGCUGCAACCACUGCCUCUCGUCACCAGAGUGCCCGUCUGCUGGCCCCCUCUGCAGCAGAUACCACACCCCUUCUUGAACACGAAGGGGCGCCUGAUGCCCUGGAGUCACGCCCCUGCUCCAACACACAUGGUGCGGGCCCACGCCCACCAGCAUCCGAGCCUGUCUUUUCAGCAGGCCGAAGUCCUGUGGGUGCUGCUUCCCUGGGCCUUCCCUGGGCCGUGACCUCCUCCGCCCGCCUCCCCUUCUGUUCCAGUUCUCUUUGAUUUUGCUGUAGCUUUCCUGUAUCCCUGCCCUUUGUCACUCCCUCACGACCAGCAGGCUCCUCGGUUGAGCCUCAGAGGCCCAGCUCGGGGUAGAUGCAGUAGGGGCAGACCAGUUUCCAAAGGAGCAGGGGAGGCAGCAGGCAGUAGCUUGUAUUUUUGGACCCAGCCCUUGUUUUCUAGGAAGCCUGGUGGUUUUCUUUUGCUUUUUCCCCCUCCUUGGAACCUGCUAUGCUCUGCGUAGGGCCCCGAUUCUGUGGGUGAGAUGGCGGGAGUAGGGUGGGCAUGCCAAGACCCUGGGUGAGAUGUCAGCUAUGUUCCCUGGACCUUUGACUGGGCUCUUUAGCACCAAUCAACGUCACCCAUUUGGGCGCAUUAUUUAAAGUCUGCGGGAGAGGGGUUAGGUAGGCUACCUUUGUGGAUUUGGGGAGGAAAGCACCCCGGGUUGAUCGCAGCUAACCAUUGCAAGCCGUCAUUGUUGCUUGUGAGACACAGUAGGAUCACCGGCAUGCACUUCUGAGACAAACACACACGGAUACUUGCUCUCCUGACAUCGUCCAAGCACAUGGUCACCCAUCCUCCCCACCACCCCACCCCACCCAUAAAAUUUUGUAAAUGUCAUUAGGGCUCCUCCUGACACUCUAACCCUGGGUCUUCUUGGCUGACUGUCUCUCCUUGACCAGACUGCCUUUGUUUCCUUUUGCGGGAAGAAGAGCUCAACAAGGCUUCUCCCAAGUGCUUGGCCCUACUUCCCGAGACAAGAUGGCACGCUUGGCCAUGCUGUUGGGUCCCUCUCACAGAAAAAAACGCUGACUGUGGCAUAAUCUGGGAAGUGGGUUGUGUGUGCAGCUUGUGGGACCCAACACAGCUCGUGCUUCUCUCUUCUGCCUGCAAAGAAGUUUCAUGGCAAGGUCCAAGCCCUGGAAUAUCUGGGACCACAGUGCAAGAAACAAGCCAAAAAGCAAGAAGGAUGUUCACUGAUUCUUCAGAGCAGUUCAGAAGCAGAGAAAUGGUCCAUUGAGUUGUGCCAGGAUUUGAACUCGGUUGCUGCUUGUUGAAUAUGAGACAAAAUGGCUGGUGCCUUCAAAAGGGGCUAUAGUGCUUCUUUCACCAUUAGCUCCCGAGAAAGCAGGCUGACGGAGGAAGAGAAGCGGGAGACAUCUGCUUUGAUCAGAAUUGUGGACUAGAACAAUGGCGGAGUUGGGGGUGGGUGGGGAGUCUGGUUUUUACAGCCUCAUAUGUUUUCCAGCUCUAGUGAGAAUGGUAAAGUUGCUGCUGAGUUGGGCUCAACCCCACGUGGCCUGUACCACUCUCUAGGACUGUUUCCAGCUCUAUGGUAGUUUACCAGACCAGUGUUACUUCUCCAGUUGCUUGUACAUUCCUGGUACCUUUUGGACUGGUGUUUCAUGGCUAGGGGUGGGAUCAGAGGGCUCUAGAGUAGGGAGGGGGUUAAUAAUAACUGAUUUAGGACUAAUACAGUAGAACUUUGUUUUAUCAAAUCUUAGCAUGGAGUGUCUUUAACCAACACAGAAAAACGAUGAAUCCAAAACUGUAGAUGUAAAUGAAUCCAAUAGAAUAUUUUGCAACUCCCUUCCCCCAAAGAAGAUAUUUUGCACCUCUCAA